AGCUCUGUCCGUGCUCAGUACAAUGUUUGUAGAGGUUUUCCUCCCGAAACAUCGCAAGAGAGCAAACGGGGCAGCUUGGAGAAAGCUAAAUGAGGAGAAAGCAAUGGAUCCCUUCACCUGCUUACUAACCGCAUUGCUCUUUGUGGGGAUCCAGAGCUGCCCGGAGGUGUGUCGUUGUGUAGCGAAGCAGAAAUACGAGCGAUAUGUUGCAGACUGUUCUUAUCAAGAUCUCCAGGUGGUUCCUCAGGACUUCUCCUCCAACACCACCACCCUCACCCUAUCUGUCAACCACAUUGCCACGCUGGGGGAAGAAUCCUUCGCCAACAUGGCAAAACUACAAGGUUUGUGGCUCUCCUACAAUGAAAUUGGCACCAUCGCUGAGGGUACCUUUGCUUUUUUGGUACACCUCCGAGCUCUUGAUCUCAGUCACAAUCAGAUUAUGAACUUCCCCUGGGCAGACCUAUCCAACCUCACAUCUCUGCAACUGCUGAAGCUCAGCAACAACCAUCUGGAGAAGAUCCCUCCAGAAGCCUUUCAGUCCCUUAAGGAUCUUCGUUCUCUCUGGCUCAGUGACAAUCGGCUGGCUACCCUCUCGGACGGGACCUUCGGUUCCAUGCCUAAGUUAGCUCAGCUGCAAAUCAACAACAACCCCUUUGACUGCACCUGUAAAAUCUGGUGGUUGGAUGGAUGGAUCCAGAGCACCUUGGUUUCAAUUCCAGAGAAGAAGUCCGUUACAUGUGCCACGCCGGAGAAACAGAAAGGCCUCGUUCUUGGGAGAUCGUUGAAGUUAGACUGCGCCCUUCCAUCAGUGCAGUUGGUCUAUCAUUCCAGCUUGGGGGACAGUAAGUUGAAGGAUGGGCUUACCCUUCAAUUGCACUGCAACGCGGUCGGUAAACCCCCACCGAAGAUCAGGUGGAAAAUCCAGACAGUCGACCAACAUGUGGCCAUCGAAGGACCCAACGUUGAAAGAGAAGAGCAUUUAUUACUAGAUCCUGCAGGUUCCUCGCCGAGCAGAGGGCGCUUCCUGGUCUUCAAAAAUGGAUCCAUGGCGGUCACCAAAUUCAGCAAGGCCAACGAAGGCAUUUAUACUUGCCAGGCCUAUAAUGAUGUUGGGUCUCGUGAGGCUUUUGUCCACGUGGCUUUGGCCGGCUCUGAGAAGCCCACCACUUUCCUCAAGAACCAUCUCCAAGCCAGCAAGAAUCCAAACAAAAGUUGUGAUGUGAAAGAAGUCCUGACAUCUGAAGAAAAUGUGAAGUUUGUCUAUUUGACUCCUACCAUGCCCAAGACUGUUUGCAAUGGAGGAACUCAACGCCAGUUGGGUUUCGGGAGUUUAUUUCUCUUCUGCUUGCUUGCCCAUUACAGCUAAGGCAUUUGCGAAUCUGGCAUCAGGUAGAAAAUCUGACUUCUUUCUGUAGGUAUGGCCCAUGUCAGCUUUUAGUUUAAGCAAAAGUUUCACACUUCUGUUUUAAAUGAAGAAUCUUGAUUUGAACUGGGGCAGGAUUCCCCAUAUUGUCGAGUAAGAAAAGAAACGGUUAGACAGGCAGACAAUGAGAAAAAAGUAAAAAAGAUACUGAUAGGCAACCCUUUGAUUAGGUGAAUAGAAGCAGUCCAAAAUCUUGCAAGGAUUUGAAAGUCCAGAACUGUUUCUCAGGAGGUAGGGGGAAAAAAAAUAGAGGGAGGGGAAAAAAAAGCAUCUCUUGUGGAUGCUUAUCUUGACUUGGUUGAAAUGGUGGAGAGCUUUCAGAAAUAUAAGCUCAACCUUGUCAGAUACAGAGUAGGGCGAGAAAGUAGACCUUAGAGAUUUUGGCAUACGAUUCUCAGUUCUCACCUGCCACAAUUUAAAUCUCGAACUAGAAAUGAUCCUUGGCUCCAUUUGUUGAGAAAGGUAUAAUUUUUAUUACUCUGUUUCCCCGAAAAUAAGACAUCCCCUGAUAAUAAGCCCAAUCAGGCUUUUGAACACAUGCACUAAAAUAAGCCUCCCCCCGAAAAUAAGCCCCCUCCCCCAAUAUUCAAACACAGACCUGGAAAUCAGGUAAGACGGCAAGAGGAGCCCCAUCUUGCUCCACGCGCCCCAAAAUAAUAAGACCUCCCCGAAAAUAAGGCCAAGCACUUAUUUCAGGGUUCAAAAAAAAAAUAUAUGACAGGGUCUUAUUUUUGGGGAAACAUAGUAGAGAUCAAGUGUAUUGCAGUAUUGCAUAGCCAGAACGGAGAAUCGCAUACCAAAAUCCCUAAAUUCUACUUUUCUCUCCCUUAACUGUUUCUCAGUGCCCACCCGGCAUAACCAAUCAGCUUUCAGGCAAGAUAUUUUCAUAAUGAUCAGUCCUAGCAGAGUUUGGUAUGGAGCUCCCUCCUUCUUCCAGCUGGGUGACGUUGAGGCAGCAUCUUAAGGAGACCCAGCACUUACUUUCAUUUCCCCAAGCUUUCCCCCUCUCCACAGUUUAUGGAAGUCUGUCACCGUAUAGUAGUGAAGCACAAGCCAGCGUAGGGUGGCAGCUGACAGUCUCUUCCAAAACAUCUGGAGGAGAAGCACGCAAGGGAUGGUCUACGCAUUCUCCAGAUUGAGAAAUGGAAAAUCUAGCUACAUUCUUCCAAGUCAAAGGUGGUGUAUUUCUGGAAGCCUCCUUCUAUUCCUGCUCUCUGAUCUUUUAAACAGGUGAGACCUGGAAAAGAUCUUUUGCAGCAAAUCAGAGGCUGUACAAGGACCAGACUACAAAUACACAUUUCUCUUAUCCAGUUUUAUUUUUUUUUAAAGUCCCAACAUCAUCAAAACAACCUCUCCAUCAAAUGCUUCCUUCCAGCUUAUGACGUACGACGGGCCAAGAGAGAUGCCUCUGAAGGGCAGGAGAAGAAGACAAAAGCACAUCUUCUCUAAGAGACUAACAAUGAGGUUUCAUUUAUUAUUCAUCGUAGUAGAAAUCAGGUUUCUGUAUUCUUUAAUUACUCUACGUUCACUAGGUGUGCGGAAGUCAUCUGGCCAGCUCUUGAAAUUGGAGCUGUUUUAAAUUUAAAGGAGAAUGGUCGGGAACCCUAUUUGGUCAAGAUAAGAAUGAGGAGAAGUAACUCCAUAACUAGACACAAAUGUCAAAAAGACACAACUAUGUAAGGACUUUCUCAAUAUAACCUGUCAGAACUGGAGGGAUUAAAAAGUCUGUGGCUUUUGUUUC